AUGGCGCCUCUUAAGAUGGAAGAUCUGAGUGAGGAUCGAAUCCUUCACUUGGUCGAUCAGAUCAAAGAUUGGCAGGUCACCAAACUGUCCCAUCGUGAGACAGUACAUGUUGCCGGGCAGCUGAUGGAAGACAUACCACAGUGCUUCCCGACAGCGGUUCCUCGCUCUAGAUUCGACCAAGCGAUCAAACUUCAGACUGUGUUCAAUCGUCUGUAUUGCGCUGUCGCCGAAGACGAUCAAUGGCUCUACAAUGUGAUCCGAGACAUCAUUCCGACUGAUUCUCUAGCCAAGGCACUAUGGAGUGUCCAUGAGGCAGUCAAGAAAGACGGCUAUGUCCAGUCCAUCUCUUUAGGCCUUUUCCGUUCAGACUACAUGCUUCAUCUCGAUCAUGACAAGGAGAUGGAGUCCGACGACGAAGAUGAACUUUCCGAUGCGAGCCUCAAGCAAGUCGAGAUGAACACUUUCUCCGCGUCCGGCGGCUCCCAUGCAGACAAGGUUCAAGUCAUGCAUCACUAUCUUGCCCGCACUGGGAUGUACGAGACCAGCGGCGUGGCCUUUGAUUCUACGUCACUUGCUACCAACAGAAACAUCAAGUCCAUUGGAUCCUCUCUUGCCCUUGCUCACGAGACCUAUGGACACGCAAGAUCUAAAGGGGUCAAAGCAACGGCUGUACUAAUGAUAGUGCAGCCGAAUAAUUUCAACAUCGCGGACGAGCGCCCAAUCGAGUAUGAGCUUUGGGAUCGGCAAGUCCCGGUGCCUACCUAUCGGCUCGAGUUUGGAGCCGACGUCCUGCAAUACACAUCUCUAGGACAAGACCGCGAAUUGCUUUUCCAGCCACCGUGGCUCGAGUCGGGACUAGAAAUCUCCGUGGUGUACAUGCGCGCAGGAUACGAGGCCCAUGAGUACGACGAUGUGGGCAUCAAGGCGCGAAUCCAGCUUGAACAGUCAACGGCCAUCAAAUGUCCAUCGGUCUUGUCGCACAUCACGACCUUUAAGAAGGUCCAACAAGCGCUUUCCGCGCCCGGCACGCUCGAGGCAUUUCUUCCCGGACACGAGGCGAGCAUGAUCCGGGAAACCUUCAUGCCCAUGUAUCUAAUGGAUGAAUCGGAGCAGGGUCUCCACGCGCGAAAGCUCGCCUGCGAUCUCGUUCAAUCGAUGAACUAUAUCCUUAAACCCUCGCUAGAGGGCGGCGGGCACAAUGUCUACGGAAGCGAUAUUCCGCCUUACCUAUCCCUCACCCCCGAGGCGCAGUGGAGCUCAUACAUUCUCAUGGAGCGGAUCCACCCACCGCUUCAAAGCAAUCUCCUCAUGGGACCUGCCGUCUUGGACAGCGGCGAGACCGUCUCUGAGCUUGGAAUUUUCGGAUGUUGUCUUUGGCAGUCUGCGAAGACCGCAGAUGCCCAGGCGUCCGAAGAGUCCGAUCAUCGGAUUCAAAUGCUCUCCAACGAAGUGGGUGGCUGGACGUUCAAAACCAAGUUUGCGGAUAUUGACGAGAUGAGUGUGGUGAAGGGGUUUGGGCAUUUUGACACGCCACUUCUAGUUGAUUUGUGA